AUGGUAUGGCAGAACAACCAAACAUCAGGAACGGAUUUCAUCCUCUUGGACCUGUUCCAUAUCACCCAGUCUCCCUGGAUCCUCUUUGCAAUCACCGUGCUGGUGUUUCUAGUGGCCCUCUUUGGCAACAGCAUAAUCAUCAUUCUCAUAUGGGCAGAUCCUUUCCUCCACAGCCCAAUGUAUUUUCUACUUAGCCAACUGUCCCUCAUGGACCUUUUCUACAUCUCCACAUUUGUCCCCAAAAUGGCCCUGGACUUUCUAUCUGGGGACCACCACAUCUCCUUCAUUGGGUGUGGCUUUCAACUUUUCCUUUUCAUGACUCUAGUGGCAGCUGAAUGCCUGCUGUUGGCCUUCAUGGCUUAUGACCGCUAUGUGGCCAUCUGCCAUCCACUGCGCUAUCCCAUUCUCAUGCGCCCAGUGGUAUGUGUGCUCCUGGUUCUUGUGUCUUGGCUGGGUGCCCUGCUCAAUGCUUUAAUCCAUGUCAUUUAUACUCUUACUCUUCCUUACUGCGCCUCCAGGGAAAUCCAUCAUUUCUUCUGUGAAAUCCCAGCUCUCUUAAAACUUGUCUGUACUGAUACAUCCCAGUAUGAAAAUGGACUUUUUGUCAGUGGCAUAAUUUUUCUUAUACCUCCAAUCUCAGCCAUUCUGGGCUCCUAUGGAAGCAUACUGUCCACUGUAUUGGGCAUAAGGUCAAGUCUGGGACUCAGGAAAACCUUGGCUACUUGUUCUUCUCACAUGACUGUGGUGUUCCUGUUCUAUGGGGCUGCAAUCAUCAAGUAUCUCCUGCCGAAGUCUUACCACUUCCCUGAACUGGAUGAAGUAGUCUCUGUCUUCUACACCAUCCUAACACCCAUGCUUAACCCACUCAUCUACAGUCUUCGAAACAAAGAUGUCACUAGAGCCCUCAGGAGAGUUCUUAGAAAAUGA